CGUCAGUUACAGGUCAUCUUCACCGGCCCUUUCUCUCUCUAAACCUCCUUCUUCCUCUAAAAGCUCCCUCUCUGUCUUUAUGCCCACCGGCUGGAGGUCACUGAUGCCACCGGAACGUUAGGUUUUUCAGAAACGACGAGGAGAUACUGUGAUAAUAACCGUCUUUUUAUAAGGAGUUCUGUCUCACUCUAGGGUUUAUGCUUGCUGAAGUUUUCAUGUCGUAUGAAUAUCGUCAAUGGAGAUUUCCUAUGUUUUCUCCGGUGAUGGAAAUUUCCCCUUUAUUUCUCUCUUCCUAGCCCUAGUUGUGACUCUUGUUUGUUGUUUCUUCUCACUCUUACCUUUUCGAUUGCUGAAAUUCUCGCAAUCGGGUAAAACGAAAGCUUGUGAUUGUGCAUGUUCAAAUUGUAAGCGAUUUGCUGGAGGUUCUGAUUCGAUGGCUGUUACGGCGACGGCGAGGAUGAUGAAUGGUGGUGGUGGAGGAGGAGGCCAGGUGGUGGUGGUGGAGAGGGAGCGGGAGCGGCAGCAGAUGAUAGGUGCGUCAAUGAUGGAACAGUUGGUUCCGGAAAUCACGACACAUGCUUUGAGCUACUUGGAUUAUCGUAGUCUUUGUAGGCUGUCAAUGACCAAUUCUUCAAUGCGGAGGGCUGCUAAUGAUGAUAAUGCUUGGAAAGCCCUUUAUCAUAAGGAUUUUAGUAUGGAACAAGAUAGCGUAACACCUGCUAAUGGGUGGAAGGCCUACUAUGCAGCUACUAGAGCAAUUGUGAAUAUCAAUCAACGAUUUUUUGACAUCAUUAGAGAAAGAUCUCUUCCAGAAAUGGGUCGGCUUUGGCUUAAUGCAGAUUAUGUGAAAUGUAUUCAUUCCUCAGGGGAGCUCUUUACUGGUUAUAGCGGGGUCUUAGGGAGUUGGCAGCUGUCUUUUAACUGGGACCCAGCCGUAGAUUUCCAGGUUGGAGAUGUAAGAUCGCGGGUACUGACAGGUGUAGCUUGGGUGACGAUGAAAGCGUAUGUUGGGGUGGAACACAACCCUUUGAACGUGACGAAUGUGUUUGAGGUCCAGAAUGGACAGUGGUACAUGGUCCAUCAUCAUAGCUCUGUGGUGCUUGCCAAUGGUGAAAUGGCUGAUCAACCACCUAUGUUGGGGUGAGAAGAGCUUAAUGAGUUUAGAUGAUACCUUGUUAAAAAAAAGGUGAAAAGAGGAAACGAAAAAUGGUACAGUUUGUUUUACUAGGAAGGAUUGCAGGAAUGAAUAUAUGUUGGUUUUACUUUUGAUAUGAUGAUGAUCAUAUAUGAAUCUUUCUUCCGUUUUUUGUUUUGUUCCUAUCGAUGUAAAUCUUGUUUUAGAUGGGCAUUGGAAUGUUCCAUGGGGAUGAACAUUUUAUUCAUAUGUGAAGAUUAAGUUUGGGACA